AUCUCCACCGGAUUCUGAUGGAAGGUGCCGUCCCCAGGAAACGCAAAGCCGAGCACGGCGGCGCCAGCGAGGCCCGCGCGCGGGAGGGGCCGGACCUGAUCAGCCGCCUCCCGGACUGCAUCCUCGGCACCAUCGUCUCCCUCCUACGCACUGAGGAUGGCGCCCGCACAGCCGUCCUCUCCCGCCGCUGGCACCCUGUCUGGCGCUCCGCGCCGCUCAACCUCGACGACGGCCUCCAGCUCUAUUACGACGACGACCUCCGCGUCCAGGUCGUCUCCCAGAUCCUCGCGGCUCACGGGGGCCCCACCCGCCGCCUCGCCUUCAGGUCGCUCCCCCUCCACACCAACGCCUCCAUCUACGACGCCUGGUUCCGCCUGCCGCAACUCGAUGCGCUCCAGGAGCUCGUCCUCCAUUUCCCCCUCGUCUCCGGCUACCACGAGCUGCCUGCCUCCGCCCUCCGCUUCGCCUCGUCGCUCCGCGUGCUCGACAUCAGCUCCUGCAACUUGCCGGCCGCCGGCUGGGGCCCGCCUGCCUUCCCCUGCCUCACCCACCUUUCUCUCCGCGAAGUCGGCGUCAGCGAAGAGCUCCUCCAAGGGAUGAUUUCUGGUAGCCCGAGGAUCGAGGUUAUGAUGCUCGACUCCAAUUUCGGUCUCCGUCGGUCAGGUGGAUUGGAAGGAGUGAGGAACGGAUCGAGCUGGAUGAUCUCGUGGUUGAGGAUGCUCCAUGUCUGGAACGGCUGCUGCUGCAUCAUACGACCUAUGGCCCAUCGGUCGGCGAAUCAAUCUUUUAAGGCCAUGGUUCCUGUCAAGUUGGGCGAUAAUUUCUUCGGCGUGUGGGUAUUGGCAUUAGCUAUGCCUGAACCAAAUUUGAAGCUUGCCAUAGACUCCUUAAGAUGUUUUCCUUUCAUAGAGAAGCUUCACAUCGAGUUUUCAAACGGACAUAGGAAUUGGGAAGAUGCCGGGCUCUAUGAUCCGCUUACUCCCAUUGAAUGUCUUAACCGCAGUCUCAAGACCAUUGAGCUGCGACCAUACGAAGGACUUAAUUCACAUAUCGAAUUUGCCAAAUUCUUCAUCAAGAGGGCAAAGAUCCUUGAGCUCAUGAAGUUUGGUAGGUGCAUAUGGUGUGCUACAAAAUGGAUCGAAGAUCAUCACAGGAAGCUCGAUAUAGAGAACAAAGCUUCAAAAUGUGCUCAGUUUUCGUUUGAGCAUGAGGGUGACUUCUUUUCGACAUUCUGGUUGGAUGGGGCUCUAUCUGAAGAAGUCUGCUUCUAAGGUGGGUGAUUUCUCGUGGGCAAGCUUUGGGGUUCUAUCCUGGAAGUGGUUGUCAGAGCAUGCCUGUUCGAUUGAUGUUCUUUUUUCUGAACUCCUGGCCUGCGCGGAUCUCCUCCACCCAACUAACGCAGCGCAGCUAUCCAAGAAGGCCCACGAACGUGUGGCCCAAGAAAGAGGACGGAUGGACGUGCGCUGCCGAACCGGCUGGAGCCCACUAGGGAGGCCUAGACCUUGUGAGGCUACUCGGCACUGGACCGUUGAAAGCCUUGUUUAGAAACUGCCUAGAAAAAAAAAUAAUUUGAUGUUGAGUUGAAUUUCAUAUUUUUGAACUUCACAUAAAGUAUAAAAUACUUUCUAAAUAAUCCGUUUUAAAAAAUAUA